UUGUUCGCUCAUGUGUAUUAAACAGACCAUAGACUCUAGUUGAAGGUUCUGUGAAAAGCAGAAGACCAGCUGCAGUAGCAGGAGCUCUCACAGGCCUUUCAAAGAUUGUAAACGCUUUCUGAAAGUCUACAAAACUCAGGUGGACACUGUCUGCUGAGAAAUGGCAGAGGGAGGUUUUGACCCUUGUGAGUGCAUCUGCAACCAAGAGUAUGCUAUGAGGCGCCUCAUCAACCUGCUCAGGCAAUCCCAGUCCUACUGCACAGACACAGAGUGCCCUCAGGAAUUGCCAGGUCCCGGCGGGCCUGUCGGUGGAGGAGGUGACCUGACCCUCCCCAUGGUUCUGAUAGGAUGGGUGGUGGUGGCUCUGGUGCUGUUCCUGAUGCGCCCCUCCAGUCGCAGGGAUCCCCAUUCCACAGGAAAACCCACUGGACCACACAAUAGUGAAGGAAGAGAGCCACCAGCACCUCCUAUUGACUAGCAGUGAAGCCAGACUACCAACUCUCAUCCACAUACUCUGAUUGGAGCUACACAGUUGGCAAAUAACUGUGACCUAGAUGGCUUCAUCUCCCCAUCAACCUUCAUACAAAUAUCUUUUACUUUUUCCAUUUUCCAUUCCAGAUCUCUCUCUGAUUCUUGUUACUAAAGCCCAACUGAUACUGGAUUGAUGAGGCUAAUAAUAUAAUAUUUCAGAGUUAAAAACAUCUGGUGAUAUAGAUGGUCAUUAUUUCUUAUUCACACAAAUGCACAACAUAAUAUUGGCAGUUAUUGUCCUUCUAUAGCUGCUCCAGCUUUGGUUAUUUUUGACAAAGAUCUGUGCUGAGGCAGGAAAUUUUAAAAAGUUUUAAUAUAUUUUAUGGGUAGUUAAAUAACAAUAUAAUACAAUUACCUAAAAAAAACGUAAGACAAAUCUGGUUUUGUAAAUCUCUCAUCACAUGCUGAAACAAUGUUAGGCCAAUUUUGAGCAAUAAUAUUGGCUGACAGUGUCAGUAUGGUGAUGGCAUUGGGCUCUACAUGGUACUUAAGUCUUUAAUGAGUCGGUCCCUGAUCCCAGCUCUGUUGCUAACUGAUCUUUGGGAACUCGGAGAUAAACUCAAAUUGAACACGUGUUGGGGGAGAAAAGAGGAGUAGCUUGAGUAAUGAAGGGUGGUGGGUUCCUCCAGCCCCUUAGAUACAUUCCUCUCUUUCCACUUUAAACUCUAAAUAGAGCCAGUAACUGUCAUAUCAUGUAAUGUUUUAAUGGCUUAUUAAAUAAGACGAAAGGCAGAAUUUAAAACAUUUGAUUACAUUAAAGUCUGAUUGAGGAUUUUGUUCACUGUAAUGUGGCAUAUUGAUCCUAAUGCAGUGAACUAAUCUGUGUUUACAUCAGUCAUGUAAAAUUUUUACCUGAGCCAGCAAAUAGUCUGAUCUCUUAUCUUCCAAGAUUGGCAGCCCUCAAACCUGCAUAAAUGGAUGAUUUUGGCUAUUUGUGGGCAGUGGAAACAAGUUGUGAACACAACAUUGAUAUAUUUUCUUAUGGUGUUGAUAGGGUGACGGUGUUAGCACACAUUUGCUUAGUUAGACUUUUGGGAAGUACAAGCAACAUUAUUAUUCAUUUGUGUUCCAGGCCACCUGAUGAAUGUACUUGCUCUUUAUUAGUUCUGUUUAUGGUUUCUGCCAACUCCUGAGGGAAACAUCUGGCUCUUGAGCUAUUAAUGCUCUGCUGUCUUUACCAGCUCAAACUUCAUCUGUCUGCAGUUUGAUGCUGAUGCUAUUUGGAAAAUGGCUGCCUGCUUUGGCCAAAAAUGGUACUGCGAGGGUGAAACAAAAUAGUACAGUUGCAGUCGGACAGCUAAGCAAUGAACAGAAACUCGAUAUUAAACCCCCUUAAGCUGAGGGGAACUGCAGAUUCAGGUGAUAGUUGUCUGUAAGCUCAUUGCUAUGACCCCUUUUACAUUGUUGGUACAUUGUAAUUUGAUACACUGUUAUUAUAAAAAUAUUGCCACUUGAUGUGUCAGAUUGUUACUGUAGUAUGAGCAGUAAUUUGCAAUAAGACAUGCAUUAUUGUAGAAAAAGUAAGCUAAAUAUUUACCACACAACAGAGAACAAUUCUCCCCCUCAGUCAGGAGAGUAAAUGUAUAAAAGUCUAUUUAGAGGCUAGUUAAAUGCGCACAUUUCACACCCUUUCACAAAAUGAGUAGAAGGCAAACAUACGGUUUAGGUAAUUGUAAAACAGUAUACUCAGCAUAAUCAUCGAUAAGAUGAUUCCAUGUACUGUAAUUGUUUUGUGGCUAGAAGAAGAAAAUGAUAAUUGUAUACUGACUUAAUAGUAAUGACUUAAUAGCCAUGAAUCAUAUGUUACUAGCACUUUUCUUGUGGUAUGUUGAUUCCUUUUGAAGGUGUGUUAAACUGAUAAAGCAGUCUAAAAAUGAUGAUGAUGGCUUGGUGGAAAUGCAGGCCAGUUCUUUUCUUAGUGAGAAUCACUUUUCUUCAUUAAUUGAUGGGCGCAAUCAAAUGUUUCUGAUUUAUAGUAGGACAAACCAAUGAAAAGUAAAGUUGCAUUGUCCGACAGUGCCACUGAAUUUAUAGUUCUUGUAUCAGUGCAAAUUUUUGUGAAUGAACUGCAAUAUUUGAGGUCAUUUUAUGUUAGUUUUAUGUAUCUUUCUAUGCCUCUGUUGGUUAUUGCAUUAUGUUAUAAGAGGGUACCCUGUAUUUCAAAGUCUCUGACUGUAUUUUGUGAACAUCUUUGUCAUGCCCCUAUCAUGGUUAUUAAAGUGCAUCUGGGCCUUGGGA